AUGGAAGAUUCGGGACCAGUAAAUUACAGUCAGCGCAGCAGAGCUGUGCACUGUGCAGCAGUCGAUCAAGAUGACGCCAGUCCGACACAAACACACACGCACAGCCGAGUGAGAUGUGCUGUGCUGCGGAUCGUCGUUGCAUCGUCCUGGACCGUGUUCCUCUUCCAAUCGCUUUCGUCUUCUUGCUUUCCGACCAUCACAUCCAUUUCCACCCCCACCGAGAUACUUGCAAAGAUGCCUUCUCAAAAGCCCAGAAUCCUCAUCCCCGGUGGUGCCGGUUACAUUGGCUCGCACGUUGCGCUCGUCACCCUCCUCACCCGCAAGUACCGCGUCACUGUCCUCGACAACUACCACAAUGCCUUCCCUACCGCGGUGAAGCGUCUCGAGCAGAUCGCCAUCGACGAGCUCCCCGCGGACGCAUCCCAACAAGACAAGGACGACUGCAAGGUCGACGUCUUCAAGGGCGACCUUCGCAGCAAGGAGGACAUCUCCAAAGUGUUCGACUCCUACAAGGAUGAAGACAAGAUCUGGGGUGUCAUCCUCUGUGCUGCGCUCAAAGCCGUCGGAGAAUCUUCCGAGAUCCCCAUCGAUUACUACGACGUCAACGUCGGCGGCCUGGUCAACCUGCUCAAGGUGAUGCACGACAACGGCUGCAACCGUCUCGUCUACUCGUCCUCUGCCACCGUCUACGGCACUCCUCCCAAGGUGCCCAUCCCCGAGUCGACGCGUCUGGCCCCAGAAUCGGUCUACGGUCGUACAAAGUGGAUGAGCGAGAUCAUCAUCCGCGACGUCUGCGAUGCCUACCCUGAGUUCCGUGCCAUCGGCCUGCGCUACUUCAACCCCGCCGGUGCGCACAAGUCCGGCAAGAUCGGCGAAGACCCCCGAGGCAAGCCCGGAAACCUCCUGCCGCUCCUCGGCCAGAUGGCUGUCGGCAAGUACCGCGAGGGCGGACUGAAAGUGUUCGGCAACGACUACCCCACUCCCGACGGAACCUGCGUCCGCGACUACAUUCACAUCGAAGACCUCGCUGGCGGUCACGUCAACGCCAUCGAUGCGCUCGACCGUGACGAGAUCUUUGCCGAGGGCAAGACCGAGACCAAGGGCAAGUACCGAGCUUUCAACCUGGGCAAAGGUGUCGGCAUGUCGGUGCUCAACAUGGUCGACGCCAUGAAGAAGGUGUCGGGAUACGAGUUCCCGUACUCGAUCGUCGGAAGGAGGACGGGUGAUGUACCUGAUCUGACCGCUGAUCCCACUUUGGCUGAGAAGGAGCUGGGUUUCAAGGCGACGAGGAAUCUGGAUGACAUGGCCCAGGACCUGUGGCGUUGGCAGAGUGGAAACCCUCAGGGCUACGGCGAGCAGUAG